AUGGACCGAAGUGCUUACAAUGAUCAACCGCUUUUUACUGUUCGCAACGACGCUAUACUUAUAGAUAGGCAUUACAAAUAUAGCGACAAAAACCCACGUUCUCGUUACAGUGAGGAACAUCUGAUGAAUAUUGCCCAACCGUAUUUUUCUACGCACGUGGCACUUCGUGAGCUUGCAGAUUUUGUGGAUAAAUUGAAAGCAAACAGCUCCUUGCCUGCGUUUUGGCAGGUGUUCCUCGCCUUUAUCCGAGAGUUUUUUGCAGAUUAUCGGGACUCACUUUCGAAGCUCCGCAAGUUCAAAAAGCUGUGUAAGUUGUUUACUCAUGGUGUGGUGGUGCUGCACACUUUGAACUUUCAGUCCCAGUUUUCUGUUGAGUCG